UUCACCUCUUCUUCCCCAACCUGCUCUCUCUCUCUCUCUCUCUCUCUCUUCUCUCCCUCCUCCCUCCUCCCUCCUCUUUAUUAUAUAUUCUUCUCUACUAGAUUCUUCCUUCCGUUUCGCAUUUCCUCAUGAGCUCUUUCAUAAUAGCAUUUGGGCUGCUGCGUGAACAGUGCGGUUGAUUCAGUUACAUGGCUGCGGGCUCGGACACCACGUCCAAUCAAUGUCAGUUAGAAAAUGGAUUAUGCAACGACACCGACAAGGGGGGAUCGGGCACCGACAAGGACGUUGCCGAUGAAUCUGACGAUUCCGCCAAAGCUAAAAUGGCGAAGCCUCCGUUGAUGCGCCAUUGCAUUAGCCAAGCAACUUUGGCAGAUACGUUUCCCUUUCCCUUGGAAUCGACUACUGGCAUAGCGGCAAAAACAUCAUGCAAGGAUUUUGGAUAUGUACCUGUUUUUCGAUCGGGAAGCUGCUCUGAGAUUGGACCAAAGACAUAUAUGGAGGAUGAGUUCAUUUGUGUGGAUAAUCUUUCCGAACAUCUUGGUACAGCUAAAGAUUUCCCUUCUCCUGGAGCAUUUUAUGGGGUGUUUGAUGGUCAUGGUGGCAGAGAUGCUGCAUCCUUCACUAAAAAGAAUCUUCUUAAGUUUAUUGUUGAGGAUUUGCAUUUUCCGGAUGGGGUGAAAAGAGCAGUUAGGAAUGCUUUUGUGAAGGUCGAUCAUGCACUGGCUGAUUCCAAACAUCUUGAUCUUUCUUCUGGCACAACUGCUCUGACUGCUCUUGUGUUGGAAAGGACCCUUCUAAUUGCUAAUGCUGGGGAUUCCCGAGCGGUGCUUGGCAAAAGAGGAAGGGCAAUAGAAUUAUCAAAAGACCACAAACCAAACUGUACAUCCGAAAAACUUAGGAUAGAAAAGUUAGGAGGCGUUAUCUACGAUGGCUAUCUCAACGGACAGCUCUCAGUGGCACGUUCGCUGGGUGAUUGGCACAUUAAGGGUUCAAAAGGGUCGAAAUGUCCCCUAAGCGCAGAGCCCGAACUAGAAGAGAUAGUCCUGUCAGAAGAAGACGAGUUCUUGAUAAUUGGGUGUGACGGCCUGUGGGAUGUGAUGAGCAGCCAAUACGCAGUGACAAUUGUAAGGAAAGAACUAAUGAAGCACAAUGAUCCUUAUAACUGCUCGAGGGAGCUUGUCAGGGAGGCACUGAGGCGUAACACGUGCGACAAUCUAACUGUUUUGGUUGUCUGUUUCUCACAGGAACCUCCCCCUCAAAUCGAGGUUCCAAAAAUGCAUAAGAGGAGGAGCAUUUCUGCCGAAGGACUGGAUGUUCUAAAAGGCAUACUGAAUAAUGUUUAAGCCGGGACCGCAAAAAACACAAAGGCAAGGCAUGAGUUUCAGACAAUGGAUGUGUUGUAAAAAUUUAAUGUUGGCCUAGGACCAUGUAAUUGAUAUCGGGAUCACAGGAAAACUGGCCGACGACGACAAGGGAAGGUAAAGAAAUGGUGUCGAAGGGGCGGCAUUUUACGCAGCGGCGGCGGCGACGAAAAUGAAAAAUAUUGAAGAAUUUUAGUAGGAGCAGUGAGUGAGAAUUUUGGUAAGUUCAGGUUUGUUGUUAAUUUUAAUUAGUUAGAGGCUGUGUUGAAAAUUUGAAAGGCAUAUAUGUAUGUAUGUGGUUGGUGAUUCUUUAUUGGCAACAUUGUUAGGAAUGACCACAAUAAGAAUGGCUUUUUGUUUC